ACCAUCAGUCAUUUCAGUGAAGACCCCACAGCUGUGCCGAGGGUGGCUCCAGCUUAAUGAAUGGAGGUGUCCAUCACUGAUUAUAUUAAGUUUCAUUAAAUUAAAAAAGAUUCGUUUUAUUUUUAGACUCUUGUUUGAAAACAUGCUGAACUUAUAAUUUGCUCACUUCUAUCAAUGUAUUUCAUCCCCGAUGGAUCCAGAUGACACAUUUUCAUAUCUCUUAGUUGUUUCUUUGCGAGUCGUCCGUUCUCUCCGUCACUGUUUCAGUCUCUCUCUCAGUGGGUCCAGACUCGGGGUCGUUUCAGGAAAUACCAGUAUCCACUUUUUUUCCCCCCUCUUCCAGGGGAAACUGACCGACAUUCCUUGUGCCUCUAUAAACAGAAAGCUGUCUGAUUCACGCAUGCUUGUUCACAUACGAACAUGCGCAGCAUACACUUGCCAUGCCAUGAUGAGUUGCACUGAGAAAUUUGUGUACACAGAGACUCUGGAAACCUACUCAAAUGGAUGUUAUAAAUCUCCUUUGGCUGGAGUCUAUUUUUCCUCAGAGAUUUAGUGAGUUGAGUUCAUUUUAAAAGCUGCCUCAGUUGGAUGUGUUACUGAUACCUGAAAACAGACAGACCCCACAUGUAGAGUUAAAGCUGCUCUCAUUAAUAUUUUGGUUUUAUGGCCUGUUGAUCACUUUAAUUGCCUUUAUUCCAGUUUUGUUUAUAUUAAUGUAACUUAUAGACCUACUGUAUACUAAUAGUUUAGCACCAGACUUUAAAUAAAAACUCAGCAGCUUCAUACAUCACAAAACCUGAACACGUUAUCACUUUCAGGACCUGGUGGAAAACAACACAGAGCUAAAGGAAGAGUGAAUAUUGGACUUGGAUACGUCAAAUAGUCAGAGAUGCAUUUCUAAACAAGAAGCACUCAGAGUGCAAACCUCCAGCAAAGCGCCUCACUCAGGGCAGUAUUUACUUUGAAGGGAAUAGUAUGUAUGUAUGUUGUAUAUAUUAAGUUUGUUUUCUUUAUUCUUCUUAAAGGUACUUUAAGAAGUUUGUAGUGCAGUAAAAAUUAGAUGAGGGUAACAUGACCGAUGUCUACUCUGGUUACACAUAACAGGUGUUGAUUUGUAAAUAACUGGACGUGAGUAACCUGAGCUUAGAAAUAUUAUAUAGUAUUAUUAUAACUAACAAUGCAGCUCUUUCUCUUGAUGGUACUUUCUUUAAAAAUGUAACACAUUGUGGAGUUAACUUGAAAGACAGAUUUGAAAUGUAAAUGACACAAUGGCAUCAUAUUUGGAUGCAAACUGUAAUGUGAUAAUUAGAUAAUAUAUAAAUAAUUAUGUCUAUAUGCUGUCGAUAAACACAAUGGCAGUAAGUAACAUAGAUUUAAAUAGUAUUGUUAUCACUGACUUUGAAGAAAGGUCGGAGCUCAAAUGUGACAUGAUAUUUCAAAUCUUUAUGCGUUACUUUCUAUAUCUAUAUUCCAUUUGUAAGAAUCACAGUUUCUAAGUUUUAAGGCUUGUGAUCAGCUUUCACCCAAUAAAUCAUUAGGUUGAACUUGAAGACCUCUGUGGAGAAAGCUACAUUUGAAUGGCUCGUUAACACGACCCCACUCUACACCUUGACAAAGUUUUAUCAGAAUCAUUCAAAACUUUUUGACCUAUUGUGUUUACAGACUGAAUGACAGACAGGCAAACGCUGCCAAACUUUAGCGGAGGUCAUAAAUGCUGAUGUUGUUCUGUGACCGCUAUAAAACUUCAUGGGCCACAUACAGCCCACUUUGGACUUAAGUGGGUUGAGUGAAGACAUUUAACUAAACAUUGAAUUCCUGAGACGCAAACAACAAAUUUCAACAGUAAAUCUCAGUUUUUCUGCAUGAUAAAUGUAUAAAAUUACAGAAAAAGUCCUGACAGCUCAUUGUUCAGACUGUCCUGUAUUUGUAAAAGAUAAUGUUUUUGGUUAUUCACAGAAUUUUUAAUUUCUUUCUAACCACGGACUGACUGUUUUUGCUUUUGUUUGUUCAAAAAGUUUUUAAAAAGGUCUUUAUUGGCAGGAAAAGCUGUAAAAGUUCUAAAAAUACAGAUAAAGAUUCACUCGUUUACAUUUUCCAAAGCCUUCCAGUGGACCUGAUUGAAGUCUUUGUUGGGCCAAUUUUGGCUCCUGUACCUUAAGUUUGACAUCCUUGGAUUACAUGACUCAUAAAAGCUAAAAGUAAUGCACUGGUUGUUCCAACUAGGGCACUAUGAAGGUUCAAAUCUCAAAUUGUUCAUUGUUAACUUGGAUGAUUAGUAGUUUUAUGGUUGUUGACACUCAGUAUGGACAUAAUUUGGUUGUUACCCUAAAAAUCACAGAGUUCGGCACCCAAGCCUAACGAUAGCAUCUCUAACCUUUGACCUUUCGGUGGUGCGAGACUCAAGGUACAGUCACGAAAACUGGUGAAAAACACCAGGAGAGUAUUACCAAUAAGCAUGCUAUUUUCUAAACUUUUGCUGUUUAGUUUGAGGGGCUAUGAGUAUGAAUGGCCUGAAAAAGAGACGAUGAAUAAGAAAACACAGAAACAUUGGGGCCCUACACAGCUUGAUAGCCUCCUAAUUACUACAGUGCUGUCUGUGUAGCGUUUGGUGUAUUGCCUAAUCAAAAUUGUACAUCACUUCCUUUCCUGCUGCCUGGCAGCCGAGCACCAACUUAACUUGUCUAAUUGGUUUGACCCAGUUUUUUGUGACAGGAAGCAGACUUUAGAUUUCUUUAAAUUUUGAGCCUUUUCUUUCUAUUUCACUACGGAAUCAUCCAACGGCACUUUAAAGUUCCUCGAAAGACUUAAAAUAUGAAAAAAUGUAGGUGAUAGAAUUAUUGUUCUACAAAUUAUGUUUUGUACAACAAAUGUGUCAGGGAGAGACACGAUUCAAAGAAAACAGACUAGAAAUGAAUAAAUGCACAGACUAUACCAGGAUGGGAAAUCCCAAGAGCCUGCUUCAGGCAUUAAUCUCAACUAAAGCCAAUUCAGCAGUGAAUUUAUUGGUGAAAACGCCGAUUAACCCGUAGAUUAAAUCGGUGGAAAUCCUCCGUCUACACAACUUCAGUCCUUGGUAGGACUUUAUGCUAGGGGUGUGUACGCAUGAGUAAAGACAUUUCCCAACAAUCCCAGCAUGCUAAAACUGAUCUGUGUGUUUGUGUAUUAUUGUGUUGAAAUGGAGCUGUUGAGCUCUGGAACUGAUACAGCGUUGCUGCACACACACACAGACAGAGUGACUUUUAAAGCUUUGACAUGUCUGAAGUGAAUACUGAAUCACACAGACAGUAUUCAGUCUGGGCAUGUUGGGAUUGAGAAAUCCGUUCCACUAACAGCAUUACUAUGUCAACACCAUGAUGAUUCAUGUGAUUUGUGUGUUUGUGUCACUAUAAGAUCACUAAGAUAAAAAUGUCUGUAGUGUGACAAAAGCAAGACUUUAUACUUUCACUCUUAUCACUCCGACAACAUUUUUAACUGUUUAAACAUGUAAACACAUGCUCUGUUACAGAUAACGGCAUACAGCUCCUAGUUGUUUUGAUAUAUAGUGAUCUUCUAAUGAUCAUUUAAAAAAAUUGGCCUCUUAGCUAAAAUUGACUCAGUGUUGUAGCAGGAAAUCUCAGGAUCAGCCCCUAGUCACUUCACAGCCACUCACACACAGUGUAAGCACUCUGAGCUGUAGUGGCUGUUAGUGGUUAAGCUUCCUACUUAUAGCGAUUAGCUGCGACAGGCUGUUGCGCGACCGCUAGGCCUCCUACUGAGAUGCAGAGAACAUUGGGCUCUGUCCUUUUGUAUUUGAAGCACACUGAAAUGCUCCACUAAUUUUUAAACCCUGACAUGUGGUCAAAUGUAUUGUAACGGAGAGUUUAUGGUUUAAUUCCAGGUGAUGCCAGACUGCUAGCAUAACUUAGCAUAAAAAAUAGAAACAAAUAGCUUAGUAAACAUACCAGCACUAAAGUAGCCCAGGAUAUGAAGUCAGGACAUCAUCAUUGUGUGUAAAUGACCACAGAUGAUGUGUUAAACAUGGGUGUACCUACUGUGGUGGUACAGUUCUGUUUUGAAGGCUUUUUUAGGAUUAGCAAUGUCUCUGUGUUUAAGGUUAAGCAGCAUUUUCAUUCACUAAAGCAAGAAAACUAAAGCAAGCAUUGGUCGUUUUUUUUAUUGAAAUUAACUGUACUCCAAGUCUUCUUAUUUGUCUGACUAUUGUAUUUAAAUGGCUCUAAAGGUAGCAAACAUGGUUGAAAUUGGCAUAGGUGAAGCCCCGUAGAUAGCUAGCAGCUAAAGCUACUGCUGAAGAAGCCAAACCCUGCUAAUUCAAAACACUGAGCCUUGAUCUAUUAGAUGGUAUUAAAGAUGGAUGCAAUUUCUGUGACAGGUUUUAGUCGGGAAGUCCGGUUUUAAAGAUGACCAUUUUUUUUAUUAUUGCUGUCUUGAUAAGAGACUGUGAACCUGCAUCCUCACCAGCUAACAAUUUGUCCGUCACAGCUAAAUGGUAAAUGGAAAUGUAGCGCUUUUCUACUCUAGUAUAUUCAAGACGCUUUAUACCUCAUUUACAACUAUUCAUAGGAGCACUUUUUUCUGUUCUAAGUGUCUUUAUCUAACAUUCGCGCACACACUAACUUCAGUAUCUUGCCCAAGAAACUUUGGCAUGGAUCAGGGAUCAAACCACCAACCUUCUGAUUCGUAGAUGCUCUACUACUUGAGCUAGGGAAGUCUACUUUUCUGAAAUGCAAAAUGCCAAAAAAAAAAAAUACACAAAAUCAACUUAAUAUUUUAAUUUGUAAAAUUGAAUGGGUCACCAAGAAAGAGUUUACUGAAAUCAAGUUUGAGGGCCAAAGUGUUUUUUGCAACCACCGCUAUCAUCUGUUGGUGGCUAUUAAAAAGAAUGCAGGUUAAGGCACUUACUUGUUUUAAAUAUAUUUUUUAUUAUUUGUGGAUAUAAUUACCAAAAAGAACCAAAACUGUUAUAAAAAGGGAGUAAAUCGGCCAUUUACGAAACCACAGUUUCCAUCACUUCCUCUUCAGAUUGAUUUCUGUUUUUCUUCUUCCAGUCCUGGAGCUUGCUGCUUGGAAUUUACAUGGUGACUAAUGAGGUUCAGCGGUGAAGACUAGUAGAUUUUCUUACUUUUUUACGAGAACUAGCUGGCUCCAGCUUCAUAUUGGACAGACAGGACAGUGGCAUGUUUGUGCCCAGUUUAAACAUUUCUUUAGGUUUGGUCUUAACCGGCUGUAUCAAUAUAACAAUUGACAGUGACUUGUAAUCAUUUGUCUUUAGGGUUAACUAUGAAGGCUAUAUUGGAUAUAAAGUGUGCUGUUACUGCAAAUAACAACACACUUUAUACUUUUUUGCUCACUGUCUUUAUGGGGAAACAUCUGAGGUAAUAUUAGUAAAAGUAAACAUUAACAAUAAACCACUUGGCACUCACUGGUUAAUUAUAUCUAAACAGUAGAAAGAGACGGUGAAGGAUAAGGUCGUGGGGGGAGUAUCUUGUUCACACAUGCCUCCUCCCUCCCUCUCUCCUCCCUCUUUAUCUUUCCUCCCUCUGUGCUUCAGCAGCAUUACCAGUCGUGGUGACUGGGAGGAGAGGAGUCAAGCAUGCAGCAGCCAGUCAGUCAUUUAUAGUUCAUUGUUUUCAUCACGGCAUUGUACCACUCAAAGAAUUUGUUCUUCUUUUGUGGGACGUGGUCGUUGGGGGAAGAGACGUUUUCCUCUCUCUCUGGUGAAUUGUUCAUUUUUAAAGGGCGAUUCAGUUUUUCUAACUCUAUUUUUGUGCUGCUUGCACGAUAUUAUGAUCGUCCCACUUUGGCUGCAGUUGAAUGCGAGUCUUGGAGUGGUUUAGACUGGCUAGCUUUGGUGCUUUUCCUGCCAGAUUUAUGAAAGGAGAGAGGUCAGUAUGAAAUUUGACUUCAGUGGAACUCAAAAGUGGGAGGAACCUCAGAGGAUGGUUUGACUUGGAGGAAGGCAAUCUUCUCUUGUGGAGUGGCAUCUUUUCUACUGCGAAGAGCGAGAAGUCUUCAUUAUACAGGGGCAAAGGAAGACAAAAACCUCAAGUUUUUGGGUUUGAGAGCUUUAAAUUCAUAGACCAGAAGAAACUGGGCAUCAUCGGGAAAACGCACAAAUCACGUUUUGGCUUCAUCUCAUCGUUAUACCAUGGCAGGGAUGUACGGAUGCUUUAAGGGUCGCAAGAAAGUGGGAAAUGAGUGCAUCCAGCUUGAUGAAAGCAGUGACAGUGCUGCCAUGGCAUCAGGAACUCCAGACGUAACGACCAAUCAGGAGCCUGCUGAAGUCCAGGAAGAGUGCUCAGGAAAGAAGAAGUCCAAGUUCCAAACAUUUAAAAGGUUCUUUGCCAGGAAGAAGAGAAAGGAUCCAUCAGCUGCAGGAGCGGACGCGAGCCUUAAAGCCAGCCAGUCGAGUGACAAUGUCAGCAAAGCAUCAGAGAGCAACACACUUACUCGAGCAGAGAAGGAUAAAGGCUCUGGGUCGAAGAUCAGUCUGGGAGGCAAGGCUUUGUCACAUGACUCCGUGUUUGUUUCUGACUCAUCGGAGGCGAACGAGGCUCUGGGGGCAUCGCAGGACAGCCUUCAUGGGAAGGUGAAAUCACUCCAGCUUCAGCUGAAGCAGGCCAUCAAACUGGGCUCUCCACCGUCUCUGAUGUGUGUGAAGAGGGCAGAAGAUCCUGCGACCAUGUCUGAGGAUGACGGCCUACCCUGCAGCCCACCAGAAUACACAACAGUUCACACGAAUCAGGCUCAGGCGAACAGUUCCAUCAGUCUGGAGGGAAUAGACAGCGAUGAGGACCGGCUGUCCUGCGCAGCCUCCAGCAGAGCAGUGAGCCCCCUGGUGGUUCCAGGAGACUUCAGCCAGCCGGCCAGUCCUUUUGUCUGUCUGGAUAACUCUGCAGCCAAGCACAAGCUGGCCCUGAGGCAAAAAGCCAGGAGGAGACCUGCCAGUCGAACAGAGGGGAAAGCAGGGCAAGAGUCUGAGAUGGAGGCGAAGCUGACGACCUCCACACCGCUGCAAGACCAGCAGGAGGCAGAAGAAGUGGCUGAUGUUCUGCUGAAACCAGAAGUUGAGAGGGAGGAAAAUGAGGAGGAGAGCGAGGAGACGGAUCAACCACAACAUUCCAUACAAUCCCUGUUGGGAGAUGAGGAGGAGGGAGAAGAUGAGUCCGAUGCCGAACAGGAUGUUUCUCACGACCCGGACACUUCCUCUCCUCCUGAGCCAAGUCACUCGGAGGAAGAAGACUCCGACAGCCAGCCCCUGCCCUCCUCCAAGCUCAGCUCGAGCGCCUCCUCUCUGGAUAGUCCCAGGGCCACACCAGAGCCCCCUUCUGGCUUGACGGACACAAGCAUGGCUUCCAGUGCAGCGGAGAGUAAGGAUGUAAGUGACUCUGCAUCUGAAAGUGAAGAAGAUGGGCUCCAGAACCACGGGGAGGAGGAGAACUCCUUCUUACAGGAGGUGCUGAGCUCUUUGAAGACGCCCCUCGUAUCUGCCUCGCUUGAUAUGAAAACUGAGGGCGCCGUCCUGGAGAUGAAGGAGGAAGAGGUCAAAGAAAAGGAGGAAGAAGAGGUAGAAAUGGAAGAAGGAGAGGAGGUUAAGGAAGAAGAGGAAGAGGUGGAUGAGUCCCUCAAUUCUCAGGCUGCUCCCUCGUGCUCCAUGCUGUCAGAUCAGACCACGAAGGAAGAGGAGCAGGUUGUCACUUCCUUGUGGCAGGAAGAAGAAGAAGGAGGAGUGGAUGCUGAGGAAGAAACGGAGGAGGAGGAAGAGGAGGAAGAACCAGCUGUGGAGAGAUUUAUUCGAUCUGAUGAUGAGGAGAAAGGAGAAGAGCAGGCAGUAGAAGUCAAGCCUGAAGAGGACGACAGCGUGCUCUCAUGCCAAACUAUCAGCCAGGCAGGUGACGACAACGUGGAACAAGAAGAUGGGGAGAGUGAGGGAGGGGACGAGGAGGAGGCAAUCAAGCUGGAGAAGUCUGAAAUGGAGGAGGAAGGGCGGGAGAUGAGGGAAGAGGAUGAGGAAGUCGAGACGACUGAAAGGACAGAAGUGGAGGAGGCAGAGGAAGCAGAGGAAGGAGAGGAAAGAGGCGCAGAAGAGAUGCCUGAGAUGCUUCCGGAUACGCCGGGUGAAGAAGUUCAGGUGGUGGCGCAGGAGGUGGAUGAAGGUGUGGCGCUUGAAGGUGACGCAGUGUGCGCUGUAAAACUCAAAGAUGAUGAUCAAAUCCCAGCAGAGAUGAGCGAUCAAGGACUCACCACGGAGCAGAAGGAGCAAGAUUUCAAUCAAAACUCUGGAGAUGAGACUGAAGAGGGAGAAGACACAGUAGAGGAGGGGGCUGACCUCAGCGUGGGGUUAGACCAAUCGGCGAAAGGUGUGGGAGGGAGCCAGAGUGAUGCAGAUCAAAGCGAACAGGAGCUGGAGAGCGAGGAAGCAACGCCACAGUCAGACACCAAACAGAUGGAGGAGUGUCCGAGUGAAGCCGCAGAACAAGACGACGGCUCCCCCGAGCCUCCUCCUUUGUCCCUGCAGUCACCAAAGAGCGAGGCCAGGAGUCCAACCAAGACCAGCACAGCGAUCGUCCACAUAAAUCUAGUUUCUCCCAGCUCAGAAAAAGCCACGUCUUUAUUCCAGCUGCCUCCAGCUGCUGCAGAUUCCAGUGACAGCGCCAGUGAGGCGGCUUCACAUGACACAGAGUCCACCUCUGCAGAUAAAGAGGAAGCUGACGGUGUGGAGGAGGAAGAAGAAGAAGAAGAAACACAUCAAGACGCUGCAUCUCCUGCACCGACUGAGGAAAAGACAAGCCAGCCGCCCUGCAGCCCCGAUCAUACUAAAGUCCGCUUCACGAUCGCUCCCGCCUGGCAGAGAUCACAAAGUCUGAACCCUCCUCCUUCCCCACCUGCUUCUAUCUCCUCCCCCUUCGCUGUCGCACCAUCCAGCUGCGAGGAGCCGGAGACUGUGACCGAGGAUUCGGUCACGAAAGCAGAACCGGCGACUUCACCAAAGGUCGAGUUGGUGCUGAGCCCCAGUAGGGUGAAAACCGCCAAACCACAAAGCAGUGUGACACCGGCUCCACCCAAGAUCUCUACUUCUGCGAGCAUUGAAGAGAGCUCAGUGAUUGUAGAGGGAAACCCGGACAAUCCCUUCGGAGUUCGGCUGAGAAAGACUUCGGCUCUGCUGCGCUUCAGCUCAGAGGAGGAAAACACAGAGCCUCCGACUGAGUCACAAACUCAGCCACCCAGCUCUAAAGUUGACUCCCCGCAGCCAGUCAGUGUUAAGCCCUCCAUCUGUCCACCGGUCAGCAUCAAACCUGCGCUGCCUAAGAAGCCAGAGGUUCAAGCUGAAAGUGGAGGGAAACUGAAGCGCGUCUCAGAUUCAGUUGCGGGCCGCGCUGUUUCUACUGGAUCUGAUCCUCCCAGCUGGAUCUCUGUGGCCAAACAGAAGCAGAAGAUCUAUAAGGAAAACUCACUGGAGGAGAUCACUGUCAAGAAGGAGGACCAAGAGAGAAAGUCUUCACUUCCAACAUACGUCUGCUCAGCUGCAAGCAAGGAGCAAGGCACCAAAACAGCUGAAACCAAAGGCAAAGGGGCUCAUUUGGAGAUGAGCAAGCCGUCAGUGUCUCCAGACAAGGAGGCCAGAAGGCCUUUCUCUCCUCCGACUCCAGUGCCGCCUCAGCCUUUAAAAUCCCAGCCCCUCCCCUGUGUUGCCCCCAAACCCUAUGUCCCACCACCCCAAGCAAAGUAUCCACCACAACCUAACCCUCCUCAGCGAUGCCUGUCAACACCAGACGCUCCAAAAUCUCCUGCUACUCCGUCAUCUCCCUCUAAAACUCCGCCCCCGCUCACCUGCUCCCCAUUUCCAUCGAGGACCGCCUCAGAAAAGCCCGUCCUGAGAGCGCCGGGGCUUCCUGGACAGACGCCGCCCUCCCAGCGAAACCUGCCUCCCACAACUCUGGCCCAGGACGAGCCCCCCUGGAUGGCGCUGGCCAAGAAGAAAGCCAAAGCCUGGAGCGAGAUGCCCCAGAUAGUCCAGUGACAGGCCAGGUCAGAUUUAGAGAAACCACGCCCCCCGUGGGACCUGAAAGGCUCCAGGAUGGAGCAGAACCGGUUUGCACACAAAUAUCUUUUAAUCCUGAGCUUCAGGCUUUAGAUUGGUGUAAAAUGCCCAGCUCCACAGCUGAAGGCAGGCUCUUUUUUACUCCUUCAUUUCUGUUUUCUAAAUGACACGGUAGGACCCCGAAAGUUAACGCGUCUUACUCGAGGAGGAUAUUUUUUUUUCUUUGUUUGUUUGGUUGCUUUUAAAGAUUCGUAGUUUGGGAUGAGGUGCUGGAAUGAGACACCUGCAGCCUCACACCAGUACGUUUUAACUUUAACUCGGAUGAAUCCACUUCACAUCACUAAACAUUUCAGGAAAGGGAGCACAGAGAUGUUUUUUUAUAUGAGAACACUUCAUUUACCCAGAACGAUGAUAAAGUAACAGAAAAAAUCUUCUGUUCGUUCUUAAGAAUGGACCUACACGAUGCUGCCGGCCUGUGUGUGUGUGUGUGUGUGUUUAUUAUAAGGCAGGUAUAAAUGCUGAUAUAUUUGAGGAAAAUGGAAUAGUCCGUGGUCUGAGAGUGAGAUGAGGAUUAAAUCCAGAGCUGUUCUUUGUUUUUAAAAUCUACUUUAAGAGAAGCACGUCCAAUCAGGUCCGUGGACACUCCUGUUUCAGGCUCGUCCGUGUAAAUUAUAUUUUUUCAUUUUCACUUUUGAUAUUUUUGAAUUCUCUUUUUGAUAUUUUGAUCAACUCCAAGUAUCCUGCAGAAAUCUCCCAAACCCCGCCCCCAAAAAGCUGAUAAUCAGUGAGCGCUGCCGCUGCGUUCACAGUCAUCUGUUUGAAAUUGUUUAAUGCAUCGCUGCGUUGCAGAGUGUUGUCGACUAUGAAUCCUUUUCCAGUGUAAAUGAAACAUAAGUAUAAAGCUACUUAGGCACUUAGAGCUGGGUUUGCUGCUGGAUGCGUCGUCUGUGUCGUUUCAGUGUGUCUGGCAGUAAGCAUAUGCAGAUAUGUGAUACUCGUUUUGUAUUGCCUUUUGAGAAUUUGUCUUGUACAUAAUAAUGCGCAGUAAAGAACAAAUUAUAAAGCA